AUGGCUGUGUCGCAUCCAGAAAUCUCUUUAUUCACGCUGAAUGCACCGCAAGACUCAAUUAACGACGUAACUCCUGUUGGCAUGGCACCUUGGCCUCAAGCAGUCCAAGUUCUUCUAGAAUGCAGCUCAGGUGUUAUCUCCGUCGACGCCGAGGAUACGGAUGUACGCAGCGCGCGACGGCAGACAUCUGAUCUCCCUGGCCGGAUGACAAGCGAGAGAAAGAAAGUUGGCUCUGAUCGUGUCGUGCUCAUGGCAAAGGAGCCCCGCCUGGGUCCUGCUCCACCGCCAAGGGUGGCAUUAGACAAAUCAAUUGGCGAAGAUGUCACUGCACCAAAAGACUUCCCAAUCGGAUGUGGUGUAAUGAUGGCGCGAAGAAAGGGGUGUUGUGCAUGGUCGCUGUAUCGAGAACUCGAACUCACAACUGCUGAGCUUGAAAGGGCUGUAGAGGCGCUUAAAGCUGCCGCCAAACAAAGUGGUGUCAGCAAGCACCUCCCCGACGUCGUCAGCCAGUUUGCCUCGUACCUUGUGAUUUUGAAUUCGACAUGCCCUUCCCCACAAUCAAUAUCAAAUCUUCAUUCCGUCCUCCGUCGGGAUCCAGUUCCCUUGAUUUUCUGGAUAAACAUUCUGAUGGACGAUUCCUUGACUCUUUCUCCUCGCACUCAAGUGGCUGCUUAUUCUCUAUUACACGAAACGCUUAGCGGGCAUCCUGGUAAUCAACACUACCUGGUAAUAGAGGCCCUUCUCUAUGUAGUGGGAUGGCUGAUCCCAAUGUCGACGGCCAAACGGACCGAGUUCAUCAACGACCUUUUUGGCUCCGAUAAAAUUUUCACCUGCAGCUCAGAACUUGUCAACAUCCUCCAAUGCAUUACCAGUUCGUGCUGGGAAAGUACAGUAAUGAAGAUUAUGGACGCCUUGGCUUACAGCGAUAUCACAUUACCACCUCGAUCGACUCCCUGGAACAGUCCUCAAUCAUUUGCCUUGGAUGAGGUUUAUAUAUGCGGCAAAUGCUAUCCUCAGCCGACUGCAUUUGACCGUUUGCACUUGGAUAGAGCAUUUUUCCUUGUCAACCUUGUUGGGCAGGCGCCACCACUCAGUAAAUUCAUCGUUUAUGUCGAUUUAACAAUGCCGCCGAGUAUAGGAGACGUGUCGUUGGCCAUCCCGGAAGGUCAGAAACUUUACCUGAAGUUCGAAAUCCAGCGGGAGAAUUUGAACAGGCUCGUGGAGACUUUAAAUAGGCGCGGCAUAGAUAAAGCUAAUUAUCUCGGGAAUGCGUACGAAACCGACUUCCCGGGUAACGCACAAUCUAUCGCCGCCCACUCUGAGCAAACAUCUCUGCCUUUGCAGCAAGCGCCACGACAAGCACCGGCGAGCAAGCCUGAGUUUCAAGUGCUCAAAAGUGACGCCAGCGCUAAGUGUGCCCAAAAUACUGUCCUCAGACCUGAUUUGGCCAAUAUGCCAGUGAAGCUGGCAGGGACCCGACGCAAAUGGGAUGAUGCCAAUUCCCCCACGAUAGCAUCCAAACUUCUAGGGGACGAUCAUCCACCUGAAAAGAGGGCCCGUGGCACUACUAGCAGCGACAUCCUAAUCGAGUAUGCAGCAAGUAUAUUGACUGAUCCUUCCGAUUCGUCGAUGUUAUCACCGACUGUUGCGAAGGCUUCCAGGAAAUACGUGAUGAGAGGGGGUGCACUGUCACCUAUUCUACCAGAGAACGCGCGCGUCAAGGCAAUCGGGGCUUCGAAACCAGCCCCGAAAGAAGUUCCAGCUCCUAUUUCUGGCAUACAAAUCCACGCGGCGCACGAGUUCGAGUCUCCCAAAGAUAUCGUUUCGAAACUCCUGCUCUUGGAAGCAGACACUGGAAUGGUCGCUGCACCAGAACCGGUCGAUCAAAUUACGAAAGUCCUCCACGACGCGGCUAACGGCCCUUCGGCGUCCUCCAAAUCAGACUCGGCAUCAAGAAAGCAAGCCAAUAAGAUCACCGAAACGGAAAUAUCAACUCCAGGCCACGCUCGUACUGACCCGGUAUUCAUUGCGCAACAUGCCUCGACCAACGAAGUGAAACCCUCGAUGGUCUGCCUCCCAGACGAGGAUCCGCUGAGCCCAAUCCAGGAUAUCGCAUCGGGAGAUGUGGAGAAAGCAUUAUUUGGCGAUUUCAUUGACUUUUCUGUAUCAUUGAAAGAGAGCGAGGACGAUGCUAUUCUUCCUGCCUCUCCUCUGUUGACGCCACGUAAGCUGCCUGUUUGUACCGACCCCACACUUGACCCAACUCCGGUGGAAAAUUGCCACGGCUCGGGAAAGAACCGUGGCGUGGCCAAUGAUGCCAGAAUGCUCCAGAGUAAAGACCCACAUCCUGUAGAGAGCUUUAAGACGUCUACUGCAAUCCCGGUUGCCUUGCACAUCACCGAAUGUCAAGAUGGGCAUCGGUCGUGUAUCGGGGUCUCAAGGCCUUCCAUCUACGCUGCCAUGGAUGUCAUCCGGUCUCAGGAUUCUUCCCCUCUGUCUAAGACUCUCUCUCAUAACGAGCAGCGAGAGCUCGCAUCAUUGAAUAUUUCCCUCACCCCCGUCAGAGCAAACGAUGGCGAAGGUCCUUUGACUGAUAUCAUCUCAUUCGCUUCUAAUGACGAGUUGGAAUCAUCUCAACCCGCGCAAAAGUCGCCAAGGGAGAACAGCCGCUGGAACAUGAAGUCCGAUGAGGAUGGUGAUAUCCAGGACAUAGUAGAUGUACUGAACGACAUCCAAACAUUUAUAGUGGAGGGCAUCGCGAAUAAGCUCAAAGGCAUCAAGGAAGACGCUCGCGUUGUGAGGAAGGAACUCCUGCGUGAUGCAGCUCAAGCCUUACACGCGUUGGCAGACGCAUAG